CAAAGAGCGCGGCUUCCAUGCUCUAAACUCCAGCUGAGGUCUAUUUCCACCACCGGAUUCGGCGGGAUUUAUCAACAGCUCGUCCGCGGUAACGUGAAGUUAUGAACAGCCGCCUGCAGGAGAUCAGAGCCCGGCAGAAGCUCCGCAGGAAGCUGCUAGCCCAGCAGGUAGCCCACACCGCCAUCAUGAGCUUUAAUGCCUGGCCUAGUGUGUCAGACACCCCCACUGAUCUUAACCCUUUGACUGCCAUUGGGCAUACAACACCCACACAGCAAUGGCUGAUAACAGAACCUCAGCAGCUCUCAGAGAACUGUAUGGGCAGCGGGGGUCUGCCCUCCACACUCAGCCAGAGCUCAGCCAUGCUCCUCACAUAGCUCUUAUUGAUGGUAGAGUACAUCUUGCCAUCAUGGUUAGCUAUCAUUAAGAACUAUCCUGCUGAUUCAAUAUAUUAGAGGGUUUGUUUGUUUUUUCAGAAAUGUUUUACCUUUUUUAUUAUUAUUAUUAUUAUUGUGAGCUAUCUAAACAAAGCUGAGUAUUAUUAGAAUAGUUUAUUAAAAGAAAGUGGCAAACAAAUUUUUUUUUUUUUUAAUGUUCUGUCCCUGUGUUUUUAAAAUUCUUCAAUAAACGUUUUUAGCAUUUAAAAACCGUAAUGAUGUAUUGUACUUAUUGUACCAAUUUUGAUGGUGACGACUGUUACAGUAAAGUGUUGAGCUGAGUAACACUAGUGUAUUCGAAUAGUCCCCUAAUAUAAAGUGGGUCAUGUUUCUCAAUGAAGUGGUCUGAGUGAUGUGGCCCUUUCUUUUUAACCCUGCAAUGUAAAACAUUGUGAAAUGUUUAAAUGGCAAGGUUAAAAUCCCUGUACCUGACUUCCACUAAAGGCACUUCCUUCUCCAGAAGCAAGUGAAACUUGAUGCUGGAAUCAAAGGCUACUGAAACUGUGGUGUUUUGGAUGGACAUGCCUAGUUCCAAUCCAUUACUUCUCUAUGAGAUGAAGUUUAUUGGAGGAGAUGGUUAGUGAUGUCACUUGGAUGCUGACAUAAACGGAGGAGAAGGGGGGGUUCUGGAAGCACUUGAAACAAGUUGAGUAAUAUUUUUACUAACGUUUAUGGAGAAAAGGCGGUGGACAGUGAUCACUUUGUUAUAAAGGAACCUAUAGUCACAAAAUAACUGUUAAUUUGGGUACUGUAUGUUUUUCUUUACUAUGGAAAUUACAGCCUGGGAUUGUCCCACAGUAAAUAGUCAGAAUGUUUUAGAAUAGUUUGAGAACUUACCUGGGGCACCUGGCAGAUGUGCAAAUCCAGUAUUUUCCUGCAGGAGAAUUGAAUGUCUCUAAAGAGGUAAGCAUAGUUAAUGUAGGACUUUGCUCAUUGGUUGAGGACACUCAGCUGGUGAAGGCAAUGAGCAAGGCCUUGCCUAAGCAAGGCUCUGUAGAACUAAUUUAAUUCUUCUGAAAGAGAAGACUGAGUGAAGGGUAUGUGGGUGUGGGAGCUUUGUAAAUUGUCAAGGUCAUCUAGCCCCUUUGCCUCCUAAAUAUAGUAAAAUCCUACUAAAAUUCCAGUCUGCUGCUGGCUCUGCAUGUGAUCUGCCUGCUUAGAUGACACUAUCAGAAGUGGUGAUCAAAGCCAAACACAAUGCUUUACCAUAGGGAAGCAUUGGAUUUGAUGAGACUGUCAAGGACGUAGAUCAGGGGCAUAGCCAGCACAAGCCAAUCAGCAUAUGCUUAGUGGAUGUAUCCCUAGGUUGAAAUGUAAACACUGCCUUUUCUCUUGAACGACAGUGUUUACUGCAAAAAUCCUGAAGGGAUUAAUUAUACUCUCCAGAACAAAUGCAAUAAAUUGUAGUUGUUAUGGUGACUAUAGUGUACCUUCAAGUGAAAUGUUAUGCAUUACCAGUACACGUUUGGACAGUAAUAAUGCUGUAAUUCAGGGAUGCCCAAAAGGUAGAUCCCCAGAUGUUGUAGAACUACAACUUCCAUGAUGCUUAGCAUGCCUUUAGAAUGACAAAGAAUCAUGGAACACUCAUUCCAUCAUAACGACUACAACAAGCUGUUGAGGUUUUGAUUGUUUUAAGUGGGUUCUUUGAGUUGGUUUAGUUAUUUCAUCAAUGUUAUAUCCGAAUACUAGAUAUAGUGGCCAUUAUCUACAAACAACAUUUUUAGCAUGGUAAAAGUGUUUUUAUUUUUUAAAUCUUUUUUUGAAAACAUCCUUGUGUUCUGUAAGUCUGUAUUCAUAACCUACUAGGAAUACGCUGAUAAGUCAGGUUCACAUGUAUAGUGUAAAGAGCGCUAGAAAACUAGCGAAGUAAUGAUUUAAUGGGUAGAGGCAAUGCAAAAGGAAAAAAAGGCUGUAUAAUAUAAUGCUAAUGUAGAAUUAUGCAGUCUUAUUACAUAAAUAAUGUUUUUGUUUUUCUUCUUAAUUCUAAAGCUAGGAGCAGAAAGUGCUGACAGUAUUGGAGCCAUACUAAACAGCAAAGAUGAGCUGAGGGAAAUAGCAGAAACUAGAGAAACCUGCCGGUAAAUCUAUAUAUCUAACACUUUGCCAACAUACACCUGUAUUGUCUUCAGUAUCAUUCCAUCAUUGAUCCCCUGUGUAGUAGUCCUCUUUCAACAGGAAGUUGUGAAACAUUUUGCCGGCCGUACAACUGUACAUAUCGCAUAACCCCUGUGCUACUUUUUACCUAAAUGUAGCCACUGUUAUCAUUCAAUGUAAGCAUUAAUGCAAGGGAUAGCAGUGCAUGUGAGCAGAAACUGACCGUUUAUAUUCACUUGUGAGCUUAAUUAUGUGAGAUAAUUAAAGGGAUUCUAUAGUGUAAGGAAUACAAAGUUGUGUUCCCUGCACUAUUGUUCUAUCUGGCCCUCCUUCCUCUGAUUCAGUGCAUCUCUGAGGAGAUGCUGAUUGGCCAAGCUGGGCAUUUGGCACUGCCUGCUUGACGAUCUCUCCUAUGGGAAAGCAUUGGAUUGCCUGAGAAAUAAGGUACGUUUUAUUACCUUACAAGGAGAUCAAACCACUUAAAUAGUUCAGUAGCACACAAGGCUGCUACACCCAAGCUCAGUGACACACCGUCACAAGGUCACUACACACAAGCUCGCUGACACACACAUAGACAAGCUCAGACACAGAGAUAAGGUUACUAUAUACAAGCUUACUGGCACACAUACACAAGGUUACUACACACAAGUUCCCAAACACAAGGUCACUACACAUAAGCUCACUGACUCACAAGGUUACUACACACAUACACAAGCUCACUGACACACAGACAUACAUGCACACAUGCUCACUGGCACACAUGCUCACUGGCACACAUAUACAUGCACACACGCUCACUGGCACACAUAUACAUGCACACACGCUCACUGGCACACAAGCUCAGUUCACUAGAACCCACAUAGUAAAAAGUCAGCUCACUGACACACACCUGGCAGCAGUGUAUAGUUCAUGACUGCUUCCCGGGCUAAUCCUUUUAUAGGUUGUGGAUCAACUCGAUAAUAAGCUCUCCCUCGCAGCUCUGAGUUAUCACCGAGUGCCGGAGUCCUGAGGGAAAGCUUAUUCUCGAGUUGAUCAAGAGGAGGUACCUAGCAUCGAAUAUCGCCCACUUGUUUGUUUUUUCUGAUCUUGAGGAAAGCCCAGCAUCGGGCUGAAACGUCGAUCUCUUUUAAUGCAUAUCUAAUAAAGCUAUUUGAAUUUUUAAUAUAAGAAGACCGUGGAGUGCAGCUAUCAUCUUUUUGUGUUUUGCAAGAAUUACAUCUAAACAUUAGCCAGCAAAUUGGAAAUGGUCUGCUCUGUGAUGUGCCAGCUUUUUAUAUUUCCAUGACAGGUAAGUUAUGAGCUUAGUCUGAGUUGAUGCAAAAAUAUGCUUGUCCUAAGGCACCAUGAUUGUUCUGUCUUGUCUUUAUUUUUAAUUUUUUCCCCCUUCAUAACUCUGAUUAAAGGGGAAUCGUCACUUCUCUGGAAAUUACCUCAUUGAAUAAAACAUUGAAAAUCACCUGUAACCUGUGUUAACCUUUUUUCAUGUGAUGCUUAAUUUUCAAUUUCAUUUCUAUAAGAGAAAUGAGGAAAUAGCAUCUUAAUCCAGUUCAGUUUAGGGACAGCCAGAGCCCAAAUUGCAAAUAAGGAGAACUAGGAACAUUGUUUGAUUUCUUCACCUUAUGCUUUCUCUAAGUUGACUGCAGGUUGCAUAUGAUGGAACGUAUGACAUUGACAGAGAGCCAAGAUAGAGGUAGUUUGUUUCAGGAAAAAUAGGUUUACAUGUCUGCAUUUAAUUGUAUUUAUUUUUUUCCUCAACUUACAAAUAGAUUUUUUUUUUUUUUUUUUAAAUCCUGUGGGAAGGGACAGUUCCCAUUUAAGUAUUGGGACUAAUAUAAGUUGUCAUACUGUUACCUUGAUACAACAUGAAUAGUAAGUUGGAUACGUUUUAUUAACAUAAAAUGCAGUAGCAUCUACUCAUGUCUGCUUCUCCAUUAAAAUGGCAAUCAUUUAUACAAAGACCAUUUAGUGGUAUCUUUCAUAUCAGCAUGUGUAGAUUUUAUUUUUACUCCAUAAAUGUUUUUUCUAUUUUAUUCCUUAAGUGCAUCUUAUGACACAGCAGCUUCAAAUUCAAAGCGAAAAGUACCCGAAGAAGGAGAACCAAAUGAAGAGGUGGUUGAAGAAUGCAAGGUAAGUUCUGUAUGCAAAAGUUGUCAAGGAAUACCAAGCAAAAUAAAUCGGCCAGUGAAUGGGCUUCUUGAGAUAAUUCCUAAAUAAAUUACAAAAAAAAUUAUUUGCACAAAUUUCCUUUUUAGCUCAGUUCUUCAGUAGCGAUGCACAGGGACUGACAGCAAUUUCUUAGCCAACUAGGUCUUUCAGUUAUUUUCAAUGUGAGAGCUGUACAUGUGUUAAUGAAGUCCUGUUUAUGCAAGGAGUCUGCCACUUGGCAAGCUAUUAGUACAGUUUCUAUUAGCCUGCCAAGUAGUUUUACUCCUAUUUUCUAAUGAAUAAAGCUGUUCAUGGCUGGAUAAUCCAUUAUCCCCAUGGUUAUUUGUGUUGGCCAUGGAACCCCUUGCAGAAAUAAUUAGGAAAACACCGGAAAUUGAAGGCAUUAAUAGUUGUGAUACAAGCCAUAAGAUAGGACUGUUUGCAGGUGACACCAUACUGUCACUAAAGAACCCAAUGAAAUCCAGAACACCCCUAAAUAUUAUCUUAAAAGAGUUUGGAGAAAUGCCAUAUUAAAAACUCAAUACUCUUAAAACCCAAGCACUCCCAUUUAUUAUUCCAUGGUUUGAUUUGGAUAAACUGAAAGAAGAAGAAUAUCUUUUUUGAAUAGAGAGAUUCAUCUAUUCAAUAUUUAGGCAUAAAUUUAUGCAAAAAUUUGUCUAAAAUGCAUAACCAAAAUUAAAAAAAAAAAAGCGUGGCCUGGUUUACAAAAAAAGAUGGAAAGAUGGUGCGGCAUGGAGUUAUUGUUGACGGGCAGAUUGACAUCUAUUAAGAUGACUAUUCUACCCAAGAUGGUAUACUACCUUAGAACAAUUCCUUUAUCCAUUCCAUUGUCCUUUUUUAACAAUAUACUUUCAACAUUGAUUAAAUAUAUCUGGAAUAAUAAACAGAGUAGGAUUUAUUUUAUAACUAUGCAACAUUUAAAGGUAAACGGUGGUCUUGGUGUCCCAGACUUUAGGAAGUAUUAUAAUGCUGCUAAUGCGGCUUCUGCUUUUAAAUUUAACAUUGAUCAUAACAGGCUGAGGUGGCAAGAAAUAGAAGCAGAAAAGAUCUUACCAUAUUCUAUUAAAGAACUGUUAUGGCUGCAUUUAAAUGGACGCCCUAAGGCUAAACACAUGUUUCCUUUAACCAAGAUUGCCCUCAGGAGCAAUGCCAUUAUCAAUUCUAAAUUACUUAACCCUUCUGGAUCUAACUUUUUGGCACUCCCAUUCUAUGUACAAUUUUGAUAAUAUAUUUUCAGGGAUAAUUUCUUUUUCAGGGAAUUCACAUUUAACAUUUGAUUAAUUUAAAGAAAAAUUUGAUUUGGACGAUUCUAUAUUACCAAAAUAUACUCUAAUAACAGACAAAUUGAAAGAAAAUUUUGAAAUAUUAGAAUUGGGUAAAGGAGAUAAAUAAUAAAAAAAUGUCAAAUUUGGAAAAUUUUUAUCUCCUCAAUCAAAAUUGUAAAGGCAUAAUCUCCUUUUGCUGUUCCCAUGUUUCUCCUAGGCCCACAUCAAAAUGAUCUUUUAUGGAAACAUGGGAAAGAGAUUUGGGAGUUCAAUAUGAGCUGGGGGAUUGGAUACGUUUUAUUCUCGCCUUGAGAGGUAUCACGCAGUGUGCUAGUCAUCGUGAGAAUCAUUUAAAAAUUCUCUAUUGUUGGUACCUGGUUCCAUCACGCCUUCACAAAAUGAAUCCUUAAGUCUCAGACAGAUGUUGGAGGGAGUGUAAUGAGAUGGGUACCAUGUCACACCUCUGGUGGUUUUGCCCUAAACUCGCUAUGUUCUGGAGUGCUAUUCAUAAACUUAUGAAGACUUUUGACUCAAAUAUUUCCAUCUUUACAUCGGAACUCGGGCUCUUUAAAAAAAAUGUCCAUAAUCUGUUAAUAAAGUAGACAGAGUAAUCAUAGGACAUAUUCUUAUAGCCGCCACAUCUUACUUACCCAGAUAUUGGAAAUCUCCUGCUAUAUCCUCUAUAGUUGAUGUACUAAAGUUAGUAUUAGAAAACAAAUCGUUGGAGAUGGCUAUUAGACAGCCAUCUUUAUUUUGGGAUCAGCUUCAUUAUUUCUGGACUGAGUGGGUAAAAAAAAAAGGUUAAAUCUUAUCAUUUAUAAUUCAAGAUAUUCAAACUGUAAAUUAUUAGUUGUACAAACUUGUUUCAUUCGUUUUACAUAGAUUAUAAUUAUUUAUCAUCAAUAAAUAAAUAUAGACAUAUCAAUAUUGCACAAAAAUAUUGUAAAUUUGUAUGGAUACUUCCCCAAGUUUCCCCUUCCCAAUUUUUUUUAUUAUAGCUCAUUUAAUUGUCAUUUUUAUUUUAUUAUAUUAUUAAAUACCUAAUAAAAACGAUUUGAAAAGAUUUAUCUAGCAUAACUAUAGCAAUUCAAUAUUUGUCACAGUCUUCAAUUUUGCAAGGUCCCAACAUAUUAUAUGCAUCACUAUUUUCUUAACCAUUAGUCUACCUGGCAUGUUCAGUAUUGGCUAACUGUCUGCACAUGGUGGGUUGCAUAGUAGGGGGAAACUAUUGCUCCAUCAUGUAAAGCUAUUCCAGAUAUUUAUAUUUGUGGGGGGGUUUUUUUUGUUUGUAAUUUUUUUUUUUUUUUUUUCUUAAUGACCCAUGUCUUAAAGUUGAACAAUCAAGGUCCUUGUCUCUUUACAGGAUAAAGUAGAACCACAGAAGGAAGAGGAAAACUUGCCUUAUAAAGAGGAAAUCUACAAAGACUCAAGCACCUUUCUAAAGGUAUUCACAUGAGUGUAUUUAUUCCCUUUUAGGUUUCUUGGCAGAGGUUGCUAUUCUUUUAUUUUUAAUUAUUUUUAUUGAUUUUCUUAAAUAUAGAUCACAUACAACAACAACAAAAAAAAUACAUAAAUUAUACAUGCAAAAUUAAAAAAAAAAAACAAACAAAAAAAAACGUUGGAUUACAUUCGAUUUCUUAUGCUUAUUUUUUCCCUCUAUUACCUCUUUCCUAUUCAUCUUCCUAACUUUUUACCUUCUACCCAGUAAAGAAAAAUAAAGAAAAUACAAUAAUAAGAGAAUAGGGAUUAUCCUCCAUUAUGGAAAAAAGAAGCUACAAAGGGAAAUGAUUCUCUUACAUACCCCACUCAAUGCCUUACAAUCUUAACCAUCUGUCUAUCUUUCAUACAUGGAGGGAUUUAAUUUUUUUUUGUUCUUCAUGCAAAUAGAAGAUCGUUAGCAAACCCAAGUUUAUUAUUCAUUCAAGGCACUUUCCCACAGGGGGAUUCAAGAGUUUGCUAUUCUGGUGUAAAAAUAGAGCAUAUUUAGAAAUUAAGUAAAAUGAACUGACAGUCCAGCCUUUGGAGUCCAGGAUGUUUGUCCAAAAACACUCAGAACUACAGGAUAAUGCUCCUGCUUGAAACCUACUGAUGUCUCUGUCACGGUUAUUAAUAAGGAUCUUCCAGACUAAUACUAUGAUAUCAUGGAGUUAUUUCUGUUCCACAAAUGGACUUACCACUUUCUCUCCCUGGCAUAUUUUAUGAUUAGGUACUUAAAUCUGUGGUCGUGAUAAAGGCGAUUCUUAAUUAAAGUGAAAUGGAGUAUGAUCAUUUGCUAGAUUACUUUUCUUGGCAGAAAUUCAAAACUUAAAACCAUAAAUCUUAUUUUGGUGCAUUACUCCGUUACUGUUAAUAAAAUGGUGUACCAUAGAACAAAAGCUGAUCAAACAAGGCUUUCUAAGUUAGUGUUCUGUGAAGACAUUACAUAGGUUUAUGUUAAAGGGAAGGGAAUUACAAUAUCUGCAUAUGUGAAUGUAUAUUUGAAAGAUGGGGCCAUUAGCAGAAUUCCAUAAUAUGUUACAAACAUGAUGAUUAUCCUUGCAUAAUUUGUGUUUCAAAUAUAUGAAGUUAAGCAUAGUUUCCAAAAUGUGGCAGCAGAAUCUGAAUUUUAUUUAAGAGGUAUAGUGUUAUUGUUUUUGUAUGUGUGUGUCACUACAUGCACCAUGCCCACUGCAAAGGUUUUGGUGCUAGCAUGUCCCUGGCUCCAUCCGCAGUUCUGUUUGAAUUUGUUUCUCAAGCGGCUUGACACAAACCAGUGGUCCCCUGUGUCUCCAUGGCCUGGCUCCUGGCUUUGCAUGUUGCUUUUGAGGCAACCUAGAUUGACAAAUUGCUAUUGAAUAAGUUGCAUUGCAUUCUCAUGAAUUUUGUGCAAGUUUGAACUACAUUCCUUGAAUGAAUGUGACCACUCUGGGGUUUAGUUUCAACAAAAAAGUAAUCCGAUUGAGUUAUUUGUUCUUUCUUACAAUACUUUACUUUACAUGCAUUGCAGUCACAUUAAAAAUGUUUACAUUGAUUUACCAAUUUAAAAAAAAAUAAUAAUUGCAGUAGUUCACUGUAAGUAGCACUACAUGUACCGGUAGUAUCAAAGGGCUUACAAUUUUCAUUUGUCCACUAUCCAUUAUACAGUAUUUUACUUAAUAUUUUCAAAUGAUCUAUUAUUAUCCCAAUUUUGUGAAAUAGUGUGAUGAUAUUUCACACCGUACCAUGUCAGAUUGUGGAUUACCUAGCACCUGAUUGCCUGCAUGAAUAAUCUUGAAAUUGGAAUUCAGAAAAGACUGUAAUCUGUUUUAAUUGUUUUAGGGAACGCAAAGCCUGAAUCCUCAUAAUGAUUACUGCCAGCAUUUUGUUGAUACAGGACACAGACCGCAGAAUUUCAUCAGAGACGUCGGUAGGUUAAUUUGAUUCUUACACUCACAGCCGUCCUUUAGUUUGCCUGUUUUUUUGGGUCGGACCUUUCAAUAGAAAUUUUGCAUUUGCGGAAGAGGCAGCACUAACUCCUAUUUCUAUAAACGAUUUAUGGUCCAGCAGGCUAAUGGUCGAGGCCAAGACAUUAUGUUUAAGUCCAUUUCAGAGAUACUAAGGAAUGCCUGCAAUUUGGUCAGUUUGGUUAGCCUAGGUUCGGUCCAACAACCUUAUCUCAAGUAGUGGGGUAUGAAAAAUAACCUAUAUGAAUUUCCUACGAUUUAUGUGUUUUGUCAUUUAAAAUCCAUUUUCUUUUACAUUGCAAUUCACUCUAGAUAUAAUGUAGUACAGGUUUGGAUUCAUUUCAUGAUUGUCUGUAUGGCAGCAGCUGUCUUGUCAUACGUAAUUGAUUUUGUUUUUCUUUUUUUACUUUUUUAUUUUUUUUUAUUUUUAGGUCUAGCAGACCGUUUUGAAGAAUACCCUAAACUCAGGGAGCUGAUCAGACUAAAGGAUGAGUUAAUCUGUCAGUCCAAUACUCCACCCAUGUAGGUGUGCUUCUUCUGUAAAAUUGCAUGGUGUCUUAUAAAACAAUCAAUUACUCUUUUAGUAUUAUUUAUACUCUUAAAUUAAUGUAACAAUUUUGUAUAAAUCAUUUCAAAAUUGAGAUCAGCUUUAGUCUGGAGUGUAACAUCAAUUUUAGUCAUUCAAAUUAAUGUUUUUUUUUUUUUCUUUUUUUUUCUUUUUUUUUUUUUUAACAGGUAUUUACAAGCAGACUUGGAAACCUUUGACCUCAGAGAGUUGAAGAGUGAAUUUGAUGUAAUCCUUCUGGAGCCUCCAUUAGAGGAAUAUUACAGAGAGACUGGUAUUGCAGCUAAUGAAAAGUGGUGGACCUGGGAAGAUGUAAGUCAUGAGAAAGCAAUAUCUUUUGAGUUAUGGCUCUUUAUUCAACCUUGUGCUCUAGAAUUGAUAAACAGCCUCCAUCUUGAGUAUUAAUAAUGAGCAUAUUCUGCUUUUACUCUCAUGGUUAAUUAGUGUUUGUGUGCUGGCCAGUAUGCAACAGAUGCUCACUGGCACUGGCAUAGAUGUUGGUUUAGAUGAAAAGCACACAUGUAUAGAUCUACAUUUUAACUAUUUGUCUGCCCUAGCUAAUUGUUUCAUGUUUCAAUACACUUCUAGUAUACUUGAACGUUUAACCCCUUUGUGACUGGCUCCAUAUGUGGUGCAUACAUGUGAUGGCUAUCGAUGCGACUGCUCAAGCAGGCGUGGCGCAACGUAGUUAAAUUUUUUAUUUAUUUUUUUUAAACUUGCAUAGCUUUAUAUUUAACAAUAAAAAUACCAUUCUUAAAGGGACACGAUACUCACCAGGACCACUACAGCUUAAUGUAGUGGUUCUGGUGUCUAUAGCCUGUCCCUUCAAGCUUUUCAAUGUAAACACUGACUUUUCAGAGAAAAGGCAGCAUUUACAUUGCUUCCUAGUGACCGUCACUCAGAUGGUCACUAGAGGAGCUUCCUGUGUGUGCAGCACCUACAUUCAAUUUAAAUCAAUGCAUCUCUAUGAGGAGAUAGUUAUUGGUGCAGCGUUUUGCAGCCAUUUCUAUUCGAAAACAUUGAUGAUCUCAGCCAUAGAGGCAGGGCCAGUCGAGGGGAUACCAGCAUGGCGUGGAGAAAAAAAAGGUGAGUUAAAAACCCCAUUCCCUUGCAAACGGAAGGGGUCUGGUAACCUAAACACACGUGCCGCGACUGACCCACGCCUACAAACACAACCACCAUGACACACAUGCAUACACCACACACACACACAAACACUAUGAUAGACCUAUAUAAUCACACUAUAACAGACAGACAAUACCUGUAGGCGACCAGCUGGGGGAUUAAUGAGACAGGCGGCAUGCAACGGGAUCGUGGAGGCAGAAAGCAGAGCUGUGAUGUCCCUGCUCUGCUCCCCAGCGCGAUGCUUAGUGGGGCCGGAAUAUGACGUCAUAUCCCGGCCCAGGUCUCACAAAGUGCUGGGGAGAAGAGCAAGGACAUCACAGCUCCCUCGCCCACCAGCAGCAAUACGCACAGCUAGCCGCCCGCCUCCAUGAUCCCCCAACUUGCCAACCGCCUCCAUAAUUUCUCAGCCAGCCUCACAAAAAACCAGCCGCCGGACUCACAUAUCAGAUGCCAAGGCAAAAUUCCUAGGCGUCAUGGCGACCUGGCGCCUGGGAUUUGUCAAGCCCUGAGUUAAAUACCUUAAUUGGUCUACUUUUUACAAAUCUAUACUUUGGUGUAGUGACUUUGGAUUCUUCCAUAUUGUCCUAUGAAUUCAGAAAAAAUAUUUAUAUCCUGGACGUAUGAGGCAUUGCACAAUGAGGACUAAAAAGUGAAUCUAUUUAGAAUUAUUUUUCUUUAGUUGUUUAGACAUUAUCAGCAAAACUUUGCAAACAUGUUUGUGUUUGUUUUUUUUUUUUGUUUUUUUUUUAAUUUGUAUCCCCUGUUUUCUUUAGUAUUUUGCUCAUAACUAGUAUUGAGUUAAAUAUUCAUAUAGGGUAUCAUAAAAAAAACCCUAUCUGUCCUUCAAAAAUAUAAAUGUAUUAUGUAUGGGUACACUUAAUAGAAAAGUGUUAAAUUAUCAACACGUUAACAAACACAUAGUAAAAAGGCCUAUGUCGCAAAAUAACAAUUGGGAAAAGGCUCAGUCAUGAGGGGGUUAAAUUAGAUUUAAUUUAUUUUUUGCAACCAUCAAAGCAGUUUUUGUGAUGAAAUUAAAGGUUUCUUUUGUAAAAGGAAUAGCUGCAGUUAGAGGUGGUUGGGUUUAUGUGUGGUUCUAGAUAGUGAGUCAUGUGAAGGACAGACACAAUUUGUAGACAGAUUGUGUGUGCUCCCAUGGUAUUUGAUCCCUGUUCAAAGGUUAACCUGACUUCAUACCUGUUCGUGAAAAGCUAUUGCCUGCACCCCAUCUGAUUUAUCUGUGACCUAAAGAAAUCAAUUCCACAAACUGAUGGAUUUUGUUGCAGUACAUUUUGUUUGUCUUCCCUUGUGUAAUUUUUGCCAUCGGUAUACAUGUCUUUUAGAAAUUUACCUAAACAUGUAUUUUAAUUUUAUCCUUUAUCAUUUUAACUCAGAACCACUUCACUCUUUAAUACACCUAUUUACAAAGUUAACAUUGUCAUAUUGUUUCUCUUACAUUAUCUGUGGCUUUCUUGAUGUUUAUAUUUAUUAUAAAUUCAUAAUAUUCCUUUUGUCCAUGUUUGUUGUCUCACAUCUGUUGUGUAUUACAUUCAUAGAUUCUCUAAGUUUCUUUUUUUAAAUGUUGUUAUUGUAUACAUCUUCAAUGUAAUCUAUAACAAAAUCACAUUCGCAUCCCUUACUCGACCUAUAUACAAGGCUGUGAAGUAUGGAGUUAAUAAAAAUUUAUAUUUCUUUUUACUUUAGAUAAUGAAGUUAGAUAUAGAAGGCAUUGCUGGCUCUAGGGCUUUUGUGUUUCUUUGGUGUGGUUCUGGAGAAGGUCUGGAUUUCGGCAGAAUGGUAAGCAUUAUUGAACUAAUCCUUUUGUAUAGAGCCCCAGCUGCUGGUCAUUUGCAGCUUCACAUAUUGCAUGCCCAGUCUAUGUUUGCAAGUGGGUUACACAGGGCUAUAUUCUUACACCUACUUAGCACAACAAUAAAAUGGUGAAGUAUCCUAUCCAGGUUUAGCUUGAGUAAUCAUACAGGCAGAUGUUCCAUAAUCCAUUCUUUACUAAUUACAAUGAAAGGCCAGGUUUCCAAGUAAAUAUUUUACAUGCUCUUUAGAAUUUAAUUUCAAGCUUGAUUUUUAGAAUGCAUUAUUUUAAUUUGCUGCUAUUUAAUUGCUAAUGAUAUGGUAUCCCUAUGCACUAAAAUAAUUGCGGGUGUUCCCCCUCCCCCAAAAAUCCUCCGUCGUCUGCAAUGCGGGGUAUCCUAAUGCACAUGAGACCUUACCCAUCAGGAAGCAUUGAUUCUAUGCUUUCAUUUGGGGGAUUUUAACACCCUGGACAUCCUCAUGCAAAGUGUGCAUUGCAUAAACCUAACCCACUUACUUGGGAAAUCCUGUCUCCUGAGGCUCUCUGCAGGGCACGGUUAAAUAGGAACCUGGAUAUAGAUAUAGAAAAUAUGUAUGUGUACUAUACAAAUUCCCAUUGUCCUGGGAAAAAAAGAGUACACCUUUGUUGAAUUCUAUGGUUUUACAUAUCAGAAAAUAAUAACAAUCAUCUGUUCCUUAGUAGGUGCAUGAUUUAUUUAACAAAAAUAAAGUCAAAACGGAGAAGCCAUGGAUGGGGGAAAAAAAAGUAAACCUUUUAAUUAAUUCGCUUGUAGAACCACCUUUAGCAGCAAUAACUUAAAGUAAUAGAUUUCUGUAUGACUUUAUCAGUCUCUUCGAUCGUUAUUUAGGUAUUUAUUGAGGUUUGCUGGCAGUUGAUCCUUCACAGCUCUCUUAAAGGGACAGUAUGGGCACUCAGACCACUUCAGCUCAUAAACUGCAUUUAUUGCAUCAGAGCCACUAGAUGGACUUCCAGGUGGUUUUACAACUUUUGGUUGCCUAACAGACACUGGAUGUCCUUGUGCUAUGCAUGAAGACAUCCAGCAUCACCCAAAACCACAUCGGAAAGCAUUAUACAGUGCUUUCCUAUGGGGGAAGUCCUAUUGUGCUAAGGGGCAUCUUCGCUGGAAUAAGUUAAGUGACAGAAGAAAUUUUUAACCCCCUUCUGCACUACACAGAGAAGAGGGUGCUCAAGGGAUGAGGGCACUAUAGGGAGCUAUAGUGCUAGGAAAACAACUUUGUUUUUCUAGCACUAUAGUUUACCUUUUAGGUCCAGCCACAGCAUUUCAAUUUGACUGGGUCAUUGGAACAUCGUACUUUUCUUUUUCAACCAUUCUGUUGCAGCUGGUGUGCUUGGAAUCACUGUCUUGUUGCAUGACCCAAUUUUGGCCAAGCUUUAGCUUUCGGACAAAUUUCCUUCUAUUUAACUCUAGAACAAUUUGGUAUACAGAGGAGUUCAAGGUCUACUCAAUAACUCCCAAGGUUCCUAGGUGAUAUGCCUGAAAAAAAACAAUCCCAAAUCAUGAACUCUUCACCACUGUACUUGAGGUGUUUUGUAUUGAUAUGUUGUGUUCACUUUGGUCUUGACUGUCCAAAGGACAUUGGUCCAGAAGUCAUGUGGUUUAUUCAGAUGCAACUUGGCAAAUGUUCUUUUUAGAGAGCAGGUGGUUUCCUCUGGCAACCCUUCCAAACAAACCAUACUUGUUCAGUCUUUUUCUAAUUGUACUGUCAUGAAUGUUCGUAUUUAACAUGCUAACUGAGUCCUGUAGAGCCUGAGAUGUAACUCUUGAGUUUCUUGCAAUUUUUCUGACCAUUGCAUGGUCUGACCUUGGGGUGUAAUUGCUGGGAAGUCCACUCCUGGGAAGAUUGGCAACUGUCUUGAAUGUUUUCCACAUUGGAAUACUCUUUCUCAUUGUAUAAUGAUCUUUCAAUUGUUUGGAAAUGGCCUUAUAACACAAUUGCUUCUCUAAGACCAUUGCCGAUGGUUUUCUUCCUUGGCAUUGUUACACACCUGAAUGCUCCAGACUAGCAAACUGCUAAAACUUUGGCUAUUAUAGUGGUGGUCUAGUUUACUGAUGAUCAGUUAAUUAAGGACAUUUGAUUAGCAGCAUCUGUCUGCUACUUCACCUCUGUACCAGUAAGGGUGUACUUAUUUUUUUCAAACAUGACUUCUCAAUUUUGUGUUUAAUAAAUCAUGACAUGGUGUAUUAUGUCAUGUGUUGUUCAUCUGAGACUGUAUUUAUCUUAUUUUAAGACCUGUUGAGGAACAGAUGAUUAUGUCCUGAUAUGUAAAGCCAUAUAAUUUAAAGAGAGUGUACUUUCUUUUUUCUAUGAUUGUAUAUAGCUGUAUUCCAUCAGAAAGUUACUAUGAUUCAUACUAGUCAAGCCAGGCUUCAGGGUCCCAGGAUGGGCUAAGCACCCAUAUAUGUAGAUGUGUAUCAUAACAUCAGUAGCAUUGAAUGAUAGUUAUAGUGAAAGAGGUGCUAGGAAUUUCCACAAGUUUGCAAUUCAGCUUCAUAAUUUAGGAGACAUUACUCACAUAAUAAACUUAAGCAGUGACGUUUUUUAUUUAUUUUUCCUCGUCCCUCCUAAUAUUUUCCAGUGUUUGCGUAAAUGGGGUUUUAGACGAUCAGAAGACAUAUGUUGGAUUAAGACCAAUAAAGACAAUCCUGGCAAAACCAAGACUCUGGACCCAAAAGCAAUCUUUCAGAGGACAAAGGUAUUCACAUCAACACUUUAACUUGACCAAUGGCUAGGGAUAUUUAAUGCAGUCUCUACAGAUAAACUCAGGGAAAAGUGUGAUGCAAUUUAAUUAUAUUUUUUUCUUUAAUCAAGGUUAUAUUUUUAAAAAUAUCAAGAGUCACAAACAACUGUAGCAUAUGGACUAAUGUAUAUUUCUCUCUUUACUUCAUCAUUUUUUUUUUUUUUUUCUUCAUUUACAAAAAAUUACAUGAAUGCUACUCUUGGUGAAACCCAUAUUGAAACUGCACAAAAUUCUCAGUCAUAUUGAAAAACAAUGUUGUAUGAAGAAACAAACUGUCUCCUUAUUCUGCUGGCAAUGUGGAAACAUUCAUAUAAUUAUAGCUAAUGUUUCAUUACCAAGUACAUGGGGUUUAUUAUAUCAACAACUGUAAUUGGAGAGAAGUGACAAGUGGGAGUGCAAAUGUUUUGUCAAGGAAGCUAUAUUCUUAAAUUCUCCAAAUCCCUUUAUUUUGUCCAGACAUUUGAAAUUCUCAGAUCUCCACAAUUUCAGAAUUAGUGAAUAAACCUAUUGCUUUGAGAGCCAUACGAGUUACUACUAACAACAUGUUAAAUUAUCAUAUCCUCUCAAUGCCCAUGUGUCUAAAGAACCUUAGUGGUACAGCUAUAUCAAAUAGGUUCUGCACACAGUAAGACUACAGUAGUAGCUUUUGCACACACUACCGAUGGAUAGUUUUUUUCUUUUUGUUUCCAAGUACCUUUCACCAAUGCCGUCCUGAUUUAAGAAGUACAUUGCUAUACUGAAAACUUGAAUUGCAAAUAUUGAAAACCAGUUGAAAGUUUAUUACAAUUGUUUAUAUGCCACCAACAUGUUCAACAAUAUGUCAGCGUAGAUAUACUGAUGUCUGUUGACUGUUCUAUACUGUUGUUGGCUGUUAAUGAAUACUGUUAUGUUCAUUUAGGAGCACUGCCUUAUGGGCAUAAGAGGAACAGUGCAUCGCAGCACAGAUGGAGAUUUCAUCCAUGCAAAUGUUGACAUUGACCUCAUCAUCACAGAAGAACCAGAGAUAGGCAAUAUUGAGAAGCCUGUUGAGAUCUUUCACAUCAUUGAACAUUUCUGUCUUGGAAGGAGACGUUUGCACCUCUUUGGACGGGAUAGCACUAUUCGACCUGGUAAUCUCUAAAUUUCUUUUGGCUUUGUAAUACAUUGAUUAUUAUUUAAUGGUAUUACAGAUGUUGUGAAGUGCAUUAACUAAUACUUUUGAACUUUAAAGGGAUUCUAUAGUGUAAGAAAUACAAAUUUGUAUACUUUACACUAUAGAUACCCCUGGUCACUCCCCCUCCCCAGCUCAUAAAAUGUUAAAAAACAAAAACAUUUUAAUACUUACAUGAUUCCAGCGAUUUUACUGUCUCUUAAUGCCAGCGUCAGGCGACCAAAAGUCGAUUAGCCGCCAGGAAGUGCCUCUAGUUGCUGUCUGAUAACCACCAGAGGCAGUUUUAGUCCUGCAAUGUAAUUAUUGCAGUUUCUCUAAUACUUAAUGAUUUACAUUGCAGGACUCAGAGGGACAGGGACAGGGACACUGCACUCAGACCACUUCAAUAAGCUGAAAUGGUCUAGUUGAUUAGUGUCACUUUAAUGCAGGCAGAUUUCCCUUACUAACAUUGUUUUGUUUUUUGUGUGUGUAAAAUCGUGGAUAGAAAAAAGAAAUGGCUAGACCGAACACAGGGUUUGUAUUUUUACAGAGGAAAGCAUUGGAAGGCUAGUCUGCAUGUGAGGCAUAUUACAACACUGCGCUAAUUAUAUGCUCCCAAUGACCAGCAUUGAUUGAAUAACUGGGUCUAAUUAAGUAGUUGCAGCAGAACCCCCUUCAGGAUUAAAUACACUGGAGAUGUGUGUUAACCUUGCAACAAAAAUGUUUUGCAUUGUAGGAUUAAAACGACAGGGGCACUUCACCCAGACUGAGAUAAAGUGGUCUUGGGUCCCUUUAGUGUUCAUUCAAUCUACUUUAGAUUUUUUGUUAUGAGAACCUGAGCAAGCUAUAUCAAAUAGGUCCAGCACACCGUUAGUAAGAAUACAGUAGUACCUUUUGCACACACUGCCAAUGGAUGGAUAGUUUCUUUUUGGCUCUAAGUACCUUACAUUAGGCAACUUUGAUAAUAUGUAUCAAAGCACUGAUUAGGUGAGGCAUACACUUUUUAUAAUAGAGUUAAAUUUUUAUUGUGUCUUUCUUUCAUCCAGGCUGGUUGACUGUGGGACCUACACUUACAAAUAGCAACUUUAUUUCGGAGACUUAUGCAUCCUAUUUUAAUGCACCGAAUACCCCUCUUACUGGCUGCACUGAGGAGAUUGAAAGGCUCCGUCCCAAAACACCCCCUCCUAAAUCAGAUCGCGGCUUCGGAGCAUCCAGGGGAGGUGGUCGAGGUGGACCUUCAGCAGGCCGUGGAGAAAGAGGCAGGGAGAGAAACAGAGGAAGCUUUAGGGGAGAUAGAGGAAAUUUCCGAGGACGUGGCGGACUGCACAGGGGUGGGUUUACCCCUCGCUGAUUCAUUCCAAGUAGACUAUUUUCUUUUUUUUAUUAUUUAGAUCAGUAACUCUUUUUAAAAAACAUGAAAAAUACAUGUAGAAUGUGAAUCCAUUGUGGAAACGCACUCUUUUACAAAACAUUAUUCUUUUUUUUUUUUUUUUUUAUUAUCAUCAUCAUCAUAUUGUAUUCUGUUUUAUAUGAG